AUGAAAUCAAGGGUCCUGUUUCAUGAUAAUGUUAAUCUAUCUUUGAAACAUGGAAGAGUUCUCAUCCUAUCCCAAAAAGCUGGGGAAUCUCUAUCGUGCAUGGAAGCCAUCAUGGAUGCCCAGUUGCCUUUGAGUGAUGAUAUCGUGGCUGUGUCAAUCAUUGAGUGGACCUCGAACCUCAAGAAGCAAUCCCGCCGCAUGGCAAUAUAA